UAGAUCCUACUAGGUACGUCCCUAGGCACUAGGGAGAUGCGGUACGCCUGGGCGCGCAGUCUGCUUCGCCAGCUCGCCAACGGCCUUCGGCGACGCCCCGCCGUUCUGCGCGUUUGGGUCUUCGGCAAGAACUCCGUUGUUUUUGUGCGCAUACACUGCGGGUCUACGCAGAGUGUAGAGCUGUUCUUGGUCGGCCGGCAGGAAUGCGUCCCGAACCUCUCGGUAGGCCAGGUCGGCGCCUUGCCAAGCUUGUUGGUCUUCUGUUAUGGACUUGAUAACAGCAGCAUACUGAGGAAUGCAUUCACCAAGUCCAUGGGCGCGCUGGCAAGUUGGAUUGUGAGGUACAUGAACGGCGUGUUACUUUUGACAAGUUUAGUUGCAAACAACUGCAAUAAAGAAGCGCUAAUAGAUUGACCCCCAGCCACAAAAUAUUGCAUGGCAUGAAACCACAUGGCAAAAUAGGCUUCUGCACCUUAUAGCGGUGCACACUUGUUAUCGACACUAAUAUUUCUGCAUGUGCAUCCUUCCACAACUGCAAACGUGACUAUUUGGUGCUUUUGCUAUGUGUGCUCGCACUAUGUCAGUUUGAGUGGGAGAUGUCACUUAUCUGUUUGUAUUCUUGCAAGUUGGGUGGCUUAAGGAGUAAAACGAAGUUUGCGCUGUUCACGGGGUUUACACUCCAUCACUAAUGUGACAGCGCAUAUCAUGUGUGUUCGGUAACAAGUGCGCAGCGGUUCUUCUUUCUUAAUUUCACUUCUUUGUUGCCAAGCUCCACUUGUUCUUAUUUUUGUCUGUGUAUGUGUGUUUUCACAUCUUUGAACAUGCUAGAGGAUUCGCAGUGGAAAAGAAAGACUUACCAAAUCUUGUUGCAGUUUGCAAACACACUGUGCAUACACAUUGUUUAAUACUACUGCCUAGUCGCGUGACCCAUCAUAAGACUUGGUGUUCCAUUGGCCCAUGGUGCAUUUCUGUGCAUCAUUCGUUUGUCUAAUGCUACACGGCAUAGCACUUCACAAUGUGCAAAGUACUACACACAUUUCAAGGUGCAUGUCACUUGAAGCAGGAAUCCAUGUUACAUAGGCAUCGUAGGGCAGCUGUUGGAUAAAAGUUCUGUCCCCAAAAUUUUGGUAAUGUGAACAGUUCUCAGAAGUUCCGAUAAUUGUCUCAUUGUUUGCUGUAGCUGCAUAAUGUUCAGUGUGCCAUAUUUAAUAAACCAUGUUCAAUGAGCAAACUAAGGCCUCCUGACAUCCAAGCAUUCCGAGCCAAUGUACACCUACCAGUCUAAGAUAAAAUUAGAGCACAAAAAAUAUUUAAGCUGACCAAAACAAUUUGACUUCAUAGAUACAUAACUUCAGUAGUUCAUAGUUUCAUGCCAGAGGUUUUGAUGACACUGCAUCAAGUCUUCUUAAAUAUCUUAAAUUUCUUGCUACUGAAAGGGCCCCUGAAACAGUUUGGAGAAAUAUUGUAGACGCAUAGGGUUCAGCUACAGUAGAUUAUUCACAUCACAAUUCGUAGGAAGCGCCGCAUGUUAAGAUAGCUAGGGACGAGUACAAGUUACCCUCCUCCAUAGUGAUGCAUUUUCCCCUCAACUUGUUCACCGAGUGAUCGGGGCUAAGCUCCGCCUUCACUGGCUCUGCGUCAUGAUGACAGGUCAUGUCAUCUACUUCCAUUUGUCUAGGAGCGAGCGCUCAAAGCCUCUCCAACCUCUCCGCCAGCUGCUUGGCAGUCGAUCCCACGGUGUGAGCGAGAGCUAGCGAAGCAGCGUGCGCUGCGAGCAUUCUGUCGCAGCGCUGAACGUGUCUGGUAUUUCGGUAACCGCAAGCGAGCUGAGCGUUUCAAAGGAUGGGUGGAGGCAUAAACUCAAGCUAAUGAAAAAGCUUUGGCAUAGAUGUGAGUGGCCUGAUUGGUCUGCAUGGUCCAGCCACCUGGUGGUACAGAGCUUAACCACCCGAAGAGCUAAUAUUGCUCUAACCAAGUGUAAGACGUUUUAAAAAUUUACAAAAACUAUGUGUCCACGAUUAUGCUCCUGAGAAAAAUUUACACCAGCAUCAAAGUAUAAUAGACUUCGCUACAGCUACUGUCCUUGGUUGAGCUUUUGCAACCAGGUGGCUUCACCGUGCAGACUAUUCACAUUUGCACUUAUGCUCAUCCUGUAAAACGGCACAGUCAAAUGGCCUGGUCUAGUCUGCUUGCGCUUGCAUUUACCCAAAUAAUGGACAUGCGAAACACUAUUGUGGUAAUAAUUCUCAGGUGUAAAGUGACGGCCACAAACGCACAAAAUGGCAUCGAUCAGAUAGCAACAGUCUAUGCGCUGUAGCCACUCCGCUUGUCUGCUUCCUUGCAUAGGGACACAAGGUUGCAGUUAGACGUAUUGCCAGUUGCUAGGUUUGCGGCCCACAACGUGACAAGGGUGAACCAUGGUGCUUGUGAAAGUAAAGAUCGAGAUCAACACUGACUGUGGGGCUCUUGUUUACACGGAACACGUUGUAACAAAAGCAAACACUUGCUUUGUGCCACAAGUGCUUAAGUGUAGUGAGAAAUUGUCCUGGUGCAUUCUCGUUGUGUUACUUUCUUUUUAUAGAAAAAAAUUAAUAACAUUCCAAUUAUUACGAACAUUUGUUCACCAUAAAGUUAGAAAAAUUAUAGAUGAUGCGCUCAAGGUAGCCUAUGGGAUAACUCACCAUACUGCCAUCAUUAGGAAAACUUGCGUCAAAUAGUCAGGGGUGGCUGAAAAUUCAGCCGAGUGACAUGGUGUGAUUGGUAGCAAUGUACGUUUUUAAAACCUUAUAAUAAAGUACAGGCUUUACGCGGAGCACUUAGAUAUGUCAAUUAACGAUCAGAAAGAUCUACCCUAACAACUCAGUACGUUUGCACAAAAUCGUCAAAAUCAUUUCAGGGUUUUUUACUAGUAUCUAAGUAUACGCAACAAAAGUAUUAAUUAUCUGAAACAUUGCUCUACCUUCUGGAAAGCUGCCAUGAGCUGACGUCUUUCUGCUUUCCCUAUGCUGUUCUGUGCUGAUUUGAGCCAGAUUCCGGCUCAGUUUUGCUAAACGGUGGUAAACAUUUGUACCACACACCACUGCUACCCGCACGCUGGAUGUGAUAGCCAUUUGCUAUCGCCACCGCAGGAAAAAAGCUGGGCGCAACGCGAUGAGCAGCUAUCGUUUUGGAAAGAUUAAGGUAGGCUCCCACCAUAUCUGCGCAGAAGCAGUUUAGUCUUUUAAAAAGCGCGGAACGCGAAAAAUAAAACAAUAAACGGCAUUACAGGUGAUUGGAGCGCGAGAACGUUACGGUUUCGGCGCAGAAAAAACGCCAAAUGCCACUUGCCCUCUCCACGCUCAUGUUGCCGUUACGACGUUCGGAUGUUUAACAUGAUGUGGCCGCUACGUUAGUUACGUGAAUGCCAUAAGCAAGGCUUUUGCAGUAGCUUAGUACAGCACGAACAUUUAUAGAUCUAAUCUGAAAUUGUUGGUAGAGCACACGGUUUACAAACUUUAAUAGGGUUUUCACUUCCCGUUACUUUCGAUUCCUGU